GGACACAGACACACUGAAGCUCUCUACAAUCACACUUUCUUCACAAUGACAAACCUGUCAGUCACUGCACUGGACUGACGGCUGUCAAUCAACAGGACUAGAUUAUCAGGAUCACCUGCCACAAGAGAGAUUACAUCCUGGGUGACUAAAGGGGAAUAAUUCCAAACUUUCAAAGACGUCAUUAUCCAUAGGGUAAAUUGGCGAUUUUUAUCUUUCAAUUUCGAGGAGAAAAGGAAAGAUUUUGAGCUGCACGUCUGAAGGCUUGCACAUGUGUGUGCUUUAGGGGGAGCGUGUGCAAGGUUGACUUGCUCUGUAUCAGGUUCACGGUCUUGCCGGCAUAAUAAGCUUCAGUAGAACCCGUGCCAGGGUUAAGUUAGUGUUUAUUUAGACCUCCUGUCUAUAAAGAUCAUGAGUGAGGGCAAGAAAGAGUUAGAGAUGAGAGACAAAGCCAUCAUGCACCAGCAGAGGAGGCUGAAACAGGCCACCCAGUUCAGCCACAAGGACUCUGCGGAUCUGCUGCCACUGGAUGGGCUGAAGAGGAUGGGAACCUCCAAAGACCUGCAGCCCCAUAACAUUGUACAGCGACGCCUCCUGGAGGGCAACAUUCCACGUCUGCGUGGAGAAGCCCGAGAUGCUCUCGCUCAUGUUCGCUCACCCCUGGCAGACAGUAAAGAGGGCGGAGAGCCGGAGGAGAGGAGUGAGAGUACGGUUGAUGACUCCACAGAAGAGAGGGAGUCUCCAGAAGAGAGCGAAAAAAGCUUCAGGUCUGAUGAGGAUGAGGACGAUGAAGAUGGGGACAGCAGUGAUGCUGGAGGAAAGACAGAGUCCAAACAGAAGGGAGGAAGAGAUCUAAUGGAAGUGGAGAGGAAGAAAGGCCUUAAAGAGGGUGGGAAGGCAUCCACACUCUCAGCUAUCGUGGUCCAGUGUAAGUGCGGAGAAUCAGAGGUGAUGUUAUCCAUAAACACAGGGUGCCAACACAACCACAUCUCCAAAACAUGCUGCAGAAGACUGGGAUUGAAAACUAUCGAAGAAGACAAGUCCAGUGGGAAGCUGCCUGUCAUUGAUUCCACAGUGAAGACAGUGCAGUCGCUGCACCUGCAGCUGGGCAGAGAAAGAGUGCAGUGCACUGCCCAGGUCGUAGAGGACGACACGUUUGAGGUGUGUCUGGGCCUACAGACUUUGCUGGAAAUCAAAUGCUGUGUGGAUCUCAAUUCCAGAGUGCUCCAUCUUUAUAGCACAAAGGAAGAGCUUCCCUUCCUGGAUCCACCAGUUUGCAGCCAGUGCCAUCACCAUGACAACAACAAAAACAUGUGACCUCAGACCUCUGUGCCCAACAACUGCCAUGACUAUACCCAUGUAACCAGAGAGGAAGUUCAUGGAAGGAAGAGCCUGUGCCUGGACUGUAGUUUACCCUCGUGCCAGAUCAACAUAGACAGGCCUCUACUUUCCUUCCCUAUCAUCUUUGCUUCUUUAAUCUUUGCCAACUAUGAUUUAUUUUUUCCUGCAGUGCUAAAUUAGUUUUGAUUAAGUGUAAUAAAGCUCAUGAGGAGGAAGAUUGUGUUCUGGCAUAUUAAAUUGCCUUCAUCGAAAUUAAAACAAGGGUAAAGUUAAUCAGUGAAGAAUUGAGUUAAUGUUUGCAAUUUGAUAAUAUUCCCUAACUGGUGAUUUGAAUUACAAAACUAGUAAUUUCCCUUGUACAUUAAUGCACUUGAGAAUUAAUGGGAAGAUUCGAACAGAAUUGCUUUGUUUGCCAAGGCUGCAAACUUAAAAGAUCACGUGAGCUUCUAAACAAUCACAGAAUUUCAAUUUUAAACUUUUAAAAUUCUUUCUCAAAACUGCAAAUUUAGCUGGACUCCAUAACUGCCUUUCACUUAACAAAGACUGUGUUUUCUGCCCUCUUUUCCCUUUAGAGUGGCGAAUCAGCCAGUCCAAUCAAAUGUUAAUUGAGCCCCUGGUAUUGACCCACUGCUUCUGUUCUGAAAAGCCCAUAAACCAACCAAAACAUUCUAUCUGCAUGAUUUUAUAGACUUUCCCCUUUGUAUUUUCCUGUGUUUUGCAUAAAUCAGUAUGAGAGUGUGUGUAAGAUGAGCUGAAAUGCUUUUCUGUUGUUCACCUGCAUGUGAUUGCUGUUAGAAAGAAUGAAUAGAAUAGAUAAACGAUCAGUUCCUCCUCUUCUAGAGCAAUUCUGCAGAGCAUAUUUUUCUUAAUCAGCAUGUCUUAUAUCCAGUAAAGCAAAAUUAAUUGAAUUUGAACUAAAAUGGUAAGAUAUUAAGAUAUUAAAGUGACCGUUUCCGAAAAAUGAGAAUUAUGUUAUUAUUUACUCACCCUCACAUUGUUUCAAACCUGUAUGUCUUUAUUUUUUCUGAGGAACACAAAAGGAGAUGUUAGGCAGAAGGUUAGGGUCUGACAUCCUCAGCCACUAUUCACUGUAUGGAAACAAAAUGAGAGCUGUCAUUAGAUUAAAAAUUGUAAUUGCGAUUAAUCUCAUGAUUUUUCAUAGUUAAUUGCAAUUAAUAUUUUAAAAGUGCUGAAAUUUGACUCUAUAUAUACUUAUUUCCUGUCUAAAUGCAUUUAUUUAUUUAUUUAUUUGUAAAGAACAACACAAUAGAACAAAGCAAUAUGUAACAAUAAUGCUUUAUUACCAUUUUCCAAUCUCCACAGUGCAAAGGCAGAAAUUCACUAAAAUAGCGCCAAUUCAAGUAACAUUAAACAUUUGCCAAAGUCUAAGUGGGAUGAUGCUGAUUGAUAGAACUACUAUUCAUUGCAAUGCACAUUAAAUCCUUAAACCCUCAUCCUCCACAAUAUUUAUUGUCAUCAGGCUGUCUUUUCCCUUUAAAAAUGGAAUGCACAUGAUUUGUUUAAGGGCAGCAAGCGCUGCAUUGAACUCCAUAUGUUCUGAUAUCUUGUUCUGCUUUUAGUGCUGGCACUGCCAAUGGAAAUGUAAGCGCAGCAUAGUUCUAGCGGGAAGACUAGCAGCUGUACAUCAUCGCACCAUAAGCUGGGCAAUUCCCAGCCAAUCACAUGUAAGCCAUUGCUUUAUAAGUCUGUCACAUUGCGGUUUCAGUGUGCUAACACGGCAACCUCCACCACUCCACCACCACCAGUUGAGUCCUGUCCUGCACGGGGGUAGGCUCUCGCCCCAGCCUCCUAUCUCCGGCAGGAUAUGACGUUCCGAGUACAACUUCUUUGGACCGCCAGAUGAGGUUUACGCCAAAGAGAGACAUUACUUUUCUGUUUUAUAUUCAUCAAAUAAAUGUCAUCUUAAAUUUCACUCAAGUCUGCGAGUCUUCCUAAUAGAAAUAUAAAUAAUCCGAAUUGUCAGGUAAUCAUCAGCUGACACUUCAGAAGCUCGGCAGCAACAGGUACAAAGUUGAAAUUAUGUUAUUUUUGAGUGGUGCGUCAACAGACCCUCCGCGGGAGAACAAGCUGUGUAGAAGGCUAGCAAUAAUUGACACGCUAAUGUGGUAAAAUGUUGACUUACAAAAGAUGCAAACGUAAUUUUUGUAACAAGUCCCAUCAGCGUUUGUUUUAUAAGAGGUCCUUCUCAAGCACAGACUCUCUGUUGUGUAUUUGUUUGUAGUAUGUAUAUAAGUGUAAUGCAAGAGUUGAAUGUCAGAAUCUAAUGUCAAAUCGGUACAUGUCAUAAUCGUGAUUAAGAAAAAUGUACGCAUUAAACAUUUUAAAUAAAUAACAUACGUUACCGCAAUGAAAGAGAAUGGUGAUUGAGUAUGUCACUCCCUAACAUUCUCCUUUUGUGUUGCAUUGAAGAAAGCAAGUCAGACAGUUUUUGAACAAGUUAUUUAUUUUCUUGUUUGAAGCAUAAAAUCAACGAGAACAAGAAAAACAGUAUUUAAGAUAACUGCACAGUUCUCAAGUUAAUGAAUCUUGUUUUAAGGAUGUUUUUAGAUGUUUUUACUAGAAAAUGAGACAAAAAUACUGAUUAAGAAAAUCAUUCUUAGCAGCAUAGACUUCCAGGUGCAAACCAUGUUCUUUUUCUACUCUUGGAUUGAAUUUGUCUUUAUAACUGGAGGCUUUUCUCCACCAUCCAUGCCUUGCUCAUUGUUGUUUUUUUGUUCAUUUUAUUUUGUUCAGUCACAAGCACAGCUAUGACAGUCUUUAUAGCUCCAAGAAAAGCGCUUGUCUCAGCAAUGUCCAAAAGGUUGUCUAUGACCUUGGGAAUAAUUACACACUCAAUCAUCCUAAUCAUCUAGCCUGUUAGCAUUAUGGAUGAACUUUAAGCAGAACAUAUCCAUAUACUUUCCCAGUAUUGGUUCUCCUCUGAUGACCAUAUUUAUUUCUGUGCCUUGUGAGGGCCAAUUGUACGAAAACAGUUUAUUUUUGGUGUAUUUUUCCUUUUCUCUGAACAUGUAUUUUCUCUGCCUAAAUAAAAUAAAUAUGUAUU